CCCAGGGUCUCUGCUUGGACGUCUCGGUCUUUGUGACAAACCUCGCGGGCUCUUCCACAACCGUGCAUCGUACACACGGGAAAGAACAGACUAUGGCAGAAGGAAGAGACUCCUUCUUACCGCCUGCUGUUAGCCGGCCCUGUAGCGCCCCCUUGCGGAGGCCCCCAUCAUCACCUCCAGGGCUGACUACUGGUAUAUCCGGUCAGGUGCGCCCUGUUUCGGUCGGGCCCAGCAUUGACGAACGAUCCAUGUCUUCUUCGCCGAAUCUUUGCGGAUCGUCUGGCUACAGUUCGGAAUCAUCCCUGGCGGGUUGGUCUACAAGCCCGAAGGGUGCUUUCCCCGCCCAACAGCCGACAACUGACACCCGUCCUAAAGCGACCCCUAGCGGUAACCGGGGUGCUUUCAAGAUCAGCCAACGGCCUGAAAUCAACCACUAUAAACGCCUGUUGGAGAAGUUGGCAGACCGGCUCAGCCCUGAUGAGGUGGAUCGACUGAAACGGCAGUGCGGCGUCCCAGCCGGCACGGCUGAGAGAAUGAGGACCAACCGUGACUUCAUGCAGUGGCUGAUUAACACCGACAAGAUAAAAGAAGACGACCUGAGUCACCUGGGUAUUCUCCUGCACUAUGUGAAGAGGCCUGACCUGGUGGAGAAAAUACGUAGGUAUGAAGAGGACCAUGGUGUUGCCAUUGACCGCAGGACUCCGACCAUCCAGUCAAGUUCCUCGGAUGGCACGGAACCAGAGGAAAGGACCCGUCAAACCUAUGUCCACGACAUGGCAGAGAGGCUUGAGCAGCUGCGAGACAGGAUUGAGCGACGUAAACAGGAAGGCCCUCAGGGGAAACAGCGUACAGCUAUGACCAUCGUCACCGUUUGCCUGGCGCUUCUGAUUCUGGUCUGGCCCCUGUUCUGGCUCGACGACCUGCCAGGCAUCAGCUUGAAGCCGGUCAGCAAGAACGGAAAUGGCCAAACUACAUCAACAUCUGAUUCAUCAAACGUCUUUAACAAGUACGGACCCACCAUCACCGUCCUGGGAGAGACCAUCUUUGGUCUCGCGCUGAUGUUCACUGUCUGCUGGCUCCGCCAGGAGGCGCUGUUCCGGCGGCUGCGGGAGGACCUGCUGGCCGACCUGGACCUCCUCAUGCAGCCCGCCAAGAAGAUUGUCAAGAAGAGGGUGGCCCAAGUUUGAAAUUUCCCGCGGCAUCCAAUGCGAAUUCGGGGCAGCAAAACUGGAACUAUUCUGAAUAAGGCAAUCUUUGUGAUAUUCACACAUACUGCUUCGC